AUGCUCAUGGAGGAGCUGAACCUGUCCUGUCUGAUUUUAGUGGCGCUAGAGCCCAUUCAACAUGAUCGAACGAGAAACCUUUAUACUACGUCACUUCCUGUCGCCCGUGUCUUUUACCACGGGCGCCCCCGUGUAACUUUCUUUUCGCUCGUCAUGGCGGACCGUUUCCAUAAGGUUCUGCUACUAGAUGGCAGAGGCCAUCUACUUGGUCGGCUGGCUGCCAUCGUUGCCAAGCAGACCUUGCUGGGACACAAAGUUGUGGUGGUCAGGUGUGAAGGCAUCAACAUCUCUGGCAAUUUCUACCGUAACAAAUUGAAGUACCUGGCUUUCCUGCGCAAGAGGAUGAACACCAAUCCAUCUCGUGGACCGUACCACUUCAGAGCUCCCAGCAGGAUCUUCUGGAGGACGGUGAGAGGCAUGCUGCCCCACAAAACCAAGAGAGGCCAGGCUGCUCUGGAGAGGCUGAAGGUGUUUGACGGCAUCCCGCCACCCUAUGACAAGAGGAAGCGCAUGGUGGUCCCAGCUGCUCUUAAGAUUGUGCGCCUGAAGCCCACUCGUAAGUUUGCGCUCCUGGGACGUUUGGCUCAUGAGGUUGGCUGGAAGUACCAGGCCAUCACAGCCACGCUGGAGGAGAAAAGGAAACAGAAGUCAAAGAUGCGCUACGUCAAGAUAAAGGCCUCCAACAAGAUGACCAGAGUGGCCACGAAGAACGUCGAGAGUAAAAUAGCAAAGUACACAGACGUUCUCAAACAAUAUGGUGUUCUUGUCUGAGAAGAUUGUCUGGCCAAUAAACAAAUUAAAAUGUUUAUAACAAAAACCUUUGUUCAUGAAUCACCUGAAAGAUAAUUCACUUCAAGAUUGCAGUUAGUGUUCAUUCAUAUUGAGGUGACGUUUAAAUUGGUCACUUGUGUGAAAGCAGUACACUAAAAGAACUUGUCCUGCAAUAAACGUUUUGUCAGCA